AUGGCGAGCAACAAAGACUACGUCUUGGUCACAGGGGGGUCGGGCUUUAUCGGCACCCAAUGCAUCAUCCACUGCUUAACUGCAGGUUACCGAGUGAAAACGACAGUCCGGUCGCUGAAGCGUAAAGAGGCCGUACUCCAAACGCUUCAGGUUGCAGGCGCCCCGGAUGCCGAAAGUGUCUCAUUCGUGGAAGCCGACCUUACCAAGGAUGAUGGCUGGAAAGAAGCUGUCCAAGAUUGCACUUAUGUCCUCCACGUCGCGUCUCCAUUUCCCGCAGAGGUCCCAAAACAUGAGAAUGACCUGAUCAUUCCCGCUCGCGAGGGUACGCUUCGUGUAUUACGAGCGGCUAGAGAUGCUGGAGUGAAGCGUGUUGUUGUGACAUCAUCCUAUGCUGCCAUGGGCCAUGGCCAUCGCAACCGGGACCCGACUAAAUCCUUUACCGAGCAAGACUGGACUGAUGUGGAUGGGCCUGGAGUCGGAGCUUAUGAAAAGAGUAAGACUUUGGCCGAGCGCGCUGCAUGGAAUUUUAUCGAGAAAGAAGGAGGCAAUCUGGAGCUAUCUGUCGUGAAUCCGGCCAGUGUUAUGGGACCCGUUCUCGGAUCAGAUAUAUCGACUUCCAUUGAAGUCGCCAACCGCCUGCUGAGCGGUGCUGUGCCAGGAUGCCCAAACAUCGAGUUCGGCAUCGUGGAUGUUCGAGACGUGGCUGAUCUCCAUCUGCUCGCUAUGACCCAUCCAAAAGCCAAAGGAGAACGAUUUUUGUGCAUGGCACCCCCCGCAAUGUCGAUCAAGGAGAUGGCUUUGACUCUUCGCGAGAGGCUGGGGCCAAAAGCAAGGAAAGUGCCAACGCGGACUAUUCCGGAUUUUGUGCUGAGGUUACUUGGACUUUUUGAUUCCGGAAUUGCCCUAGUGGUCCCGUUUCUGAGCGAGCCUCGUCCUGGGUCGAACGAGAAGGCUAAAACGUUGCUUGGCUGGAACCCUCGCUCGAAUGCCGAUGCGGUCGCUGCCACUGGCGAAAGCUUGAUUCGACUUGGGAUAGUGAAAGUAUGA